AAAGAGUUUUGGAACACCUAUACAAAAGCGCAACAAGGAGAGAGUAACAGAGGAAGUGACUGGUUUCAGUUUUAUCUUACCUUUCCAUUAAUUUUUGGCCUCUUUAUUAUCCUCCUUGUCAUUUUCCUAAUCUGGAGAUGCUUCCUAAGAAACAAAACUCGCAGGCAGACAGUGACUGAAAGUCACAUCCCUUUCCCCCAGCAUCUUAAUAUUAUUACUCCAUCUCCUCCACCAGAUGAAGUGUUUGAUAGCAGUGGAAUGUCACCAGGCUUUCUGGAAUAUGUAGUUGGGCGUUCAGAUUCUGUCUCUACUCGCCUGUCCAACUGUGAUCCUCCACCAACCUAUGAAGAAGCCACUGGCCAGGUGAACCUUCAGAGGAGUGGAACAGAACCUCAUUUAGACCCACCCGCAGAGUAUGAGGACAUCAUCAACUCCAACUCAGCCAAUGCUAUUGCUAUGGUGCCUGUGGUCACCACUAUCAAAUGAAACUGCAACCUUCUUUUUACUAUAAUCAUUUUUGGAAUACUAAUGAAAGAACUUUCUAGCACUUUACCACUACAUAAAUGUGUAUUGAGUAUUUUAUUGGACUCUGACAGCAUACCACUUCACGUUUUCUGAUUUGAUUUUCAUUAGUUUUUGUUUCCAACUACAAAAUCCUUAUUUGUGCUCAUUUUAGCUAGUGGAAAUACAUGAAGAGGGAAAAACAGUGGAGGUCUUCAUGUGAUGUGAUGAGUUAUACAUAUAUAUGUGUGUCAUGUAUAUAUACAUAUAUACAUAUGUGUAUGCCAGCCCAGUAUAUGUGCAACUGUUUUAAAAAGCUAAUAACUUUUGUCUAAAUCGCCUGUAAAAAGAAUACUACUCACCAAAAUUGGGGGGUCACCAAUGUGUGUAAUAGAUAGCAAUAUGCUGUUAAAUUUUGAAAGUAAGAUGAACUCAGCAUGUUUUCUAAUUCUUACUGGCUUUUAUUAACGUUUUUCUUCAACUACCUUAAAAGGAAAAAAAAUGCAUGUAGUCCAUCUUGAUUUUCAGAACAUCUCAGAAAGACAGAGGGAAGGCACGGUAAGUAAUAACUUGCUUAUAGUGCAUAGCAAGAAAAUUAUUGGUCAUUAGUGGCAUUUGGCUAGUUUUGUAGGAGAGAUUUUUGUUGUUGACUGUCCCACCCCCAAUUAAACAGUGUUUGCUUACUAUCUUUGAAUGUCUCAUGCUAUCUGUAAUAACAUCUUGGUGGAGAGGAUUUCCUUCCAACAGCAUAAUUUCUAAAGUAAGUGUAGGUAUAAACGAUAGUGAAUACAUAAAGACUUCUCCUUUGCUCUUUGGUGACACUAAUUAUUUUCUUCUUGCUGUUUCAUUGCAUUUUACUCUACUGUCUACUUCCUCUCCUAUCACCACAGAAUCUUCAAGCACCUAAGAAUUUAGUCGAAAUUAUUGAAAUUAUUUUCUUAAUGUUUUUGUAUAGACUGAAGUCUUUGCCUGAAGAUGAUUGAGGCAAUUUCCCAUUAAAUUAAGAACUGUGAUUUUUAUAUUGCUCUCCAGUUGGUGGAGGAAGAUUGCUAAGUGUGUUGUGCCAGGUGCACAAUAAAUCUCAUUCUAAUAACUUCAUAGAGCUCUCAUUGUCUUUGCUAUUUCAUUUUGUAUUUUCAUCAGAUUUUUUUUUAAUCGCAGGAUUUUUUACUUUUCCCUUGGAGCAGAGUGAACAGGCUGUGAAUGAACUGCCAACACAAACUAGCUCAGAAAGAAAAAAUUAAGUCAGUUGUUUUCAUUUGAAAUUCCACAGUGUAUGUACUGGUGGAAAAUUCAUUAUAUCAGUCAGGGAGAUGUGUCUGCUACUCCCAAAAGCCUCCUCAGUGUUGGGUAAAAUGGUGGAUGAGGCCACAGAAUGCAGGUUUCAAAAGUGUCAUAUACUGCUGCCUCCAUCUCCAUCUCCACUGACCCCUCCCUCAGUCUUGCUGUGGAACCAAAGGAAGAGGGAAUGCUAAGGAAAAUCUUAAACUACCACUGAAAUGACAUGAAUUCUAAUCCCUUUUUGCAACAUACUUGCCACGGUACUUUGGGAAACACCCAUAUCUGAUCCUCAAAUUCCUUAACUCUGAAAAUGCAGUAAAAUCGUGGGUCCUGCCUUUCUCCAGUGGCUUCAAAGGAUCUAAUGAAAUGGUGUGCAUGAAAGUUAUUUGUGAGAUGUGAAGAGUCAUCUAAGUGUAAGACCAUAGCAUUGUUCUUAUUGUGCUUGAGAGAGAAUUGUCUCCCUCUCUUUCUCUAAAAUUUAUCAGAAUGUUCACAUAGUGAGAAAAAGAGCAGACUGCUGCUCUGUAAAUUGCUAACACGUUCCUAAUCUGAGUGUAAGGGCUGUUAGUUAAACUCUCAUUCUCUAGUCUAUACCAAGGCUGUCCCAACUUAAAGACCAUAGCCAGCUCAGCACAAACAGGAUUAAGCAAAUGUUAGGAAGGUAUCUAAAAUGUGUGUACUUAGUUAAUAGGUUUUUUAGCUUUCAUGGACUGAAAAUGAAUUCAUCUUGAUGUGGUCUCAGCAGAAAUGACAAUAUUGUUUUGAAUUUGGUCAUGAGUACAUGGUGAUCUUGGCUUCUAGUGAAAGCCGCAAGUGGAAGUGUUUGCUACAGUGACUUCUGUGUGUAUGGAUGGAUAUUUUGGUUUAUUUUAAAAUGAAAAGCAACGCUCCUUUUGUGUACACUUUUUUAGGUCAUUCAUAUUAGGUCUUAGAUUAAACCAGUGGUUUUCCAAAGUGUGGCCCAUGAGCUCCUGGGAGUCCUUCAGAGGCUAAUUUCAGGGUAUCUGCGAGGUCACAACUAUUUUCACAAUAACACAAACAUUAUUCGUCUUAAUCGCUCUAAUGCUCUGUCUCAAAACUGUUGAAAAUUAAAACAAUGCCCUCUUCCCACAGAUCUUUUUUCUACUUUGGAAAAUAUAGCUAUUUUUUUUUUCUUUAAAACGUUACUUAUGUUAACAUGCAAAGGGCUUUUUAAUUUUUUAAUGUAUAAAGACUUUAUCAGUUUUUAGUUUCAUUUUCUAAUGUGGCAAAUAUGGAUAGAUGUCAACUCCAUAAACAAAAGCUCUUUGGCAUCCAGGUCCCCAAUAAAUUUUAAGAGUAUAGGAGGUCUGGAGACCAAAAGUCUGAGAAUUGCAAGAUUAGACAAAGGAGCAGAAUAGAACCUUACUACGUGUGUAUUCUUGCAACUUUACUUUACAUUUUCAACUCCUGAUAAUGGAUUUGAUUCUGUCUCUUAGAGAUACCUGAAUUGCAGUAUAGCGAUGAAUGUUGAUCCCUGAAGCAAAAACCAAAUUCUUAAACUGAUCAAUGACCAUCGCUUUUUAGAUGGUUAGUCAAAGAAAGCACUCUACUCCAUAGUGAUGACUGGCAUCAGCCCCAGGUCCCCUGGCAGCAUUGGCAUCAUGAUGACAGGAUAAACAAAAUACCACUUUCUUCAAGAAGCAUUCUCUUAGCUUUGUUUGGUUUGGUUUGAUUUUGCUUUGGGUUUUACAUUUUUAAAAACUCUUUGCUACCCCAUCUGGUUUUAUAAACUGAAUUUCUUAACAUUUGUUAUAAUUAAAGGGGCUUGUCUGGAACAAUAUAUAUUUUUAUGCUUUUGCCUUUCUUACCUGAUUGAUAUUACAUUCACCUUUGGUCAUUUUCAAUAAAGGUUUAUUUUUGCAGAUAUAUUUAGUAUCUUUUUUAAGCAGUAUCUAAAUUGAAUCAACCAGUUUGCAUUUAAAUAAAGAAUGGGCUUAAUGGUAGAUCUUCCAGUGGAAUGGUUUCUAAAUCUCCACAUGCAGUGGUGGUGUCUGGAAUCAUAGAACUGGCACUAUCUUGUCUCCCCAUUUUGAAUGCCACAGUGAAUUGUAUCCAUUUAAAAUAAAUCAAAUGAUUUCUUUUUUUCUACCGAAUAGUACAAAUACUGAUAUUGUGUUUGAUUCAUUGUUAAUUAUGACUUCAAGAUUGAUGAUCUGGAGGUUGCUUUAACUUGGUUCUGUGUAAAUAGCAUGUAUUUUAUUAUAAUAUUUCACAUUUUGAAACGCCUGGUUUACAUUAAAUUAUCGUAUUUAACUAUUUU